AUGACUCAGAAUACCUGGGGAUUUGAAAACUUUCAAGAUGAAUUCAAACUCCUUCUAAUGCUGUUAGAAUACAGCAGAGCUGGACCCUGGUUAGGAGUAGAAUGGGACAAUGCCGAGAGAGGAAAGCAUGAUGGCAGCCACGAAGGGACUGUGUAUUUUAAAUGCAGGCACCCAACAGGAGGGUCUUUUAUCCGCCCUAACAAGGUGAAUUUUGGAACAGACUUUCUUACUGCAGUUAAGAACCGCUACAUGUUAGAGGAUGGACCAGAGGACGAUGGAAAAGAGCAGGUUGUUACCAUUGGAAAUAAACCUGUGGAAACGGUUGGUUUUGACUCUAUUGUAAAACAGCAAAGUCAGCUGAGCAAGUUGCAAGAAAUUUCUCUGAGGAACUGUGCAGUCAGUUGCGCUGGUGAAAAAGGAGAAAUUACCAAAGCAUGUCCAAAUAUUAGAGAGAUAGAUUUGUCAAGAAACCUGUUGUCAUCCUGGGAUGAAGUGACUCGAAUUGCUGAUCAGCUCAAACACCUGGAAGUUCUUAAUCUCAGUGAGAAUAAGCUAAGCUUUACUUCGGGUUUAGCAUCUCCAGUCGGCACGUUUUCUGCACUGAAGGUUUUAGUCCUCAACCAAACAGGAGUAACGUGGGCUGAGGUGCUCCGGUGUGCUGCGGGGUGCCCAGCCCUUGAGGAGCUGUACCUGAAGGCCAACGGCAUUUUCAUUUCAGAAAGGCCAACUGAUGUUCUACAGACAGUCAAGUUAUUAGACCUUUCCUCGAAUCAGUUAAUUGAUGAAAAUCAGCUGUUUUUGCUAGCAUAUCUACCCAGGUUAGAGCAAUUAAUCCUCUCUAACGUUGGACUUUCCUCGAUACACUUUCCAGAUGCUGGCGCUGGGCGCAAGACGUCCAUGUUCCCGUCCUUGCAGUACCUCGUCGUAAAUGACAACCAGAUUUCACAAAAGAGCUUCUUCCCAGCGUGCGCAGUGCGUGGCCGCCGGCUUCCACUCUCGUGGCCGGGUUUGGGGCUCUUCCGUUUAAAAAAUCCCUUAGAGUCACGAGAGGUUCGUCCUCAGAGCGCAGCUCCUCGUGUAAAGUCAGAACCAGGAGGAAAGAAGCGACUGUGGCUCGCGCUUCGGCGGACGCUCGUCUUCAGCGGCGCCGCCAGCGGGGGCGCGGGUGCCAGCUGCGGCGGGCUCAUCCGGGGACACGAAGAGGCUCUGCUGACGCGGGUUUCUCCUCCCAGUGGCCUUGAUCGCGCACCCCUCGUUUCUCCGACAGAAUAUGGCGCACCUGAAGACGGGGAACUCAGAACACAGCCACCAUUUGUGCUCAAAAACCAGUUACUGACAUUGAAGAUAAAAUAUCCUAAUCAACCCAAUCGGAAAUUCCUAGAGAAACAACUGCCAGACUCCAUGACAGUUCAAAAGGUGAAGGGCUUGCUGUCACGCCUUCUCAAAGUGCCUGUGUCAGACCUGCUGUUGUCCUACGAAAGUCCUAAAAUGCCAGGCAGAGAGAUUGAGCUGGGAAAUGACCUCCAGUCAUUACAGUUUUAUUCUGUGGAAGAUGGAGAUUGCCUAUUAGUGCGAUGGUCAUAACCAACUAACAAAAUUUAGAGACUAGACUGCUUAUCAUGUGUGGGGUUCCCCAGAAACGAAUGACUUACUGCAACAGUUCCACUAGCCAAAAAAUGAGGUUCUAAAACUUGCACUAAGUAUAAAACAAAGGAUGUAUUUUUCAUUUGGAAGAGACCAUUCUAGGCUUGUAUAUGAUAGCAAUAAUAAAGGCUUUGAACCUACUAA